CUCACAAGGCGCUGACAAAAGAUAUCAAAGAGCACGCAAGACGUUCCGUUCAUUUUUCGUCGCUCCUGCUUGAAAGAGCUGUGAAACCUAUCAUAUACCAUCAACCAAGGAUGUUCUAUGGCUUCAGCGGGAACCCCGGGACUGAAUCCGUCGGCCUUUGCCACCGAGAUGGAACCUUAUCACGAGUUCUACACCUACAUACACAUUCAGCACCGACUCACCGGGCACCGUCAGUUCGUCAUCAGUUGCUGCCCGGUGCCCUUGUUGACAUGCACCGAUCAACAAUCAUCGACAACCAGCGAAGAUCCUCCGCACAGCCUACUGGGAUAUCUACAAGGUACCACCCCAGCUCCACGCGUUGUGUCUUGCUGUACCGGAGUAUUACCACCCUCAGUCCAAAUGCCAAUGGCGAUGGACUUGAGGCUAACAAUGACCCACUACCUUCCCCUCAGGCCCGCACCCAGAAAUGUGUUACUGUAGUAUUGGCAGGCUGCUGAAAAUCGGUUGGUUUUCUUGUCUCUACAUCACCUUGCAUUGUUGAGGCUCUCUCAAUCGCUGCUAUCUGCAUGGAAUGGGCAGCACGCAAGUCUAUCAUAAGCCUGCAUUCCUGCGAGAAGUCUGGGCGCUUUUUGGAGUCGGAGUCGGCAUCAUUCUGGCACGAUUCGCCGUCAGGCUGCGCACGGCGGGAUGGAGAAAGUUCGCUGGAGACGACUACAUGUCUAUUGUCGUACUGGCCUGCUACACGGCCGAUGCAAUAACAGUUACCAUCACUUACCUCGAGGGCUCUAACGUUGACUACACGCCUGAGCAGAUCAGUAGACUUACCGAGGAUCAGGUCGACAGAGUCGUCUACGGUUCCAAGAUGGAGUUGUUUGCAUGGUAUACAUACGCUACCCUGAUCUGGAGUUUAAAAGCUUGUAUGCUUUUCUUUUUCAACCGAAUCACAUUCGGGCUGUCGGAGCAAAUCUUCGUCAAGAUUCUUGGUGUCGCAUGCGCAGUCACCUAUAUCGCCGUCUUCUUGACGAUAACUCUCUCUUGCUAUCCCAUACAUCGCAAUUGGCAAGUCCGUCCAUUACCUCCCUCCAGGUGUAUGUUCAGAGCUCAAAACUUCUACGUCUGUACGAUUCUGAACGUCUUGACCGAUGCGGCACUGCUUUGUAUCGCCAUUCCCAUGCUGUGUAGGCUCAGAAUAUCCAUUCGGAAGAAGCUCACAGUUGGAAUUCUGUUAUCAUCAGGCAUCUUUGUGAUUACAGCAGCAAUCGUCCGGAUAUGCAAGACACUGGACGUCAAUCCGUCUGCACUUGCGAUCAAUAGCUGGGGCGUAAGGGAGACUAUUGCAGCUAUCGCAGCAGUAAACGCACCAAUCCUGAAACCACUAUUCCAGCGAAAAUUCUGG